AGACUAGCUAUAACCUGCAUUCGACCUCCGAUCAUGAAUGGGCCCAUGCACCCGCGCCCUUUGGUAGCGUUGCUGGAUGGCAGGGAUUGUACAGUAGAAAUGCCUAUUCUGAAGGAUGUAGCCACAGUGGCGUUUUGUGAUGCUCAGUCUACGCAAGAAAUUCACGAAAAGGUACUAAAUGAAGCAGUGGGUGCACUGAUGUAUCACACUAUCACUUUAACACGAGAAGACCUGGAGAAAUUUAAAGCACUUCGAAUAAUUGUCCGAAUUGGCAGUGGUUUUGAUAAUAUUGACAUCAAAUCUGCUGGAGAUUUAGGGAUCGCGGUGUGUAAUGUGCCAGCUGCCUCAGUAGAAGAAACAGCAGAUUCUACCAUGUGCCACAUUUUGAACCUGUACAGGCGAACCACCUGGCUUCACCAGGCUUUGCGAGAAGGCACGAGAGUACAAAGCGUCGAACAGAUUCGGGAAGUGGCUUCUGGAGCUGCCAGGAUCAGAGGGGAGACCUUGGGCAUUAUUGGAUUAGGGCGUGUUGGGCAAGCAGUAGCACUACGUGCCAAAGCCUUUGGCUUCAGUGUGAUUUUCUAUGACCCAUACCUCUCAGACGGCAUGGAGCGUGCUCUGGGACUGCAGCGGGUGAGCACUUUGCAGGACCUGCUGUUCCACAGUGACUGUGUUACCCUGCACUGCAACUUGAAUGAACACAAUCAUCAUCUUAUUAAUGACUUCACCAUAAAGCAGAUGAGACAAGGGGCUUUCCUGGUCAACACAGCUCGAGGUGGGUUAGUAGACGAAAAAGCACUUGCACAGGCCCUGAAGGAAGGAAGGAUACGAGGGGCAGCCUUAGAUGUACAUGAGUCAGAACCAUUCAG